AUGAUGCCUGCUCUGGCAGAGCCAGGGUGUGGCGACGCAAACACGGUCGUCUACAAGAACAGCUACAUCCAAGUCAUCCCGCUGGAUACGAAUGAGCGCAAAGGACUUCACAACGCUGGGAGGCAGCGUUCGGCCAGUGUGCCUGCCCUCCGAAGGGAAAUGAGGCAGAGCGUCAGAGACCUGGCAGAUGAGCCUGGAAUGUUCCAGAUCGAUGGCCGCCGAAUCCCAAACAACGAGGAUGAUAGUUGGGAUGAGGAUGCUUCUAGCUACGGGUCCGAGCUUUCCCA